AUGGCAAGGAGCUGCCGCCACUGUGCACCCCUCCACCACGCCGUCCCCCAGGUGGAGACGAAGGGGAGCCAGCGGCAGGUGGAGGUGGCAGCGACUGGCGGAAGGAGCCGCCGUCGCUCUGCCGUCUCCUGGGUGAGGUAUUUGGCCACGCAAAUUCCCAGAUCAGCAGACAGGUCUCGGGCAAACUUCACAAACUGUCCUUGCUGGGAUCCUUGGAAAAGAGGAUGUAGGAGACUUACAAGACCCAAGACGGGGACACUGUCUCGGAUGCCAACGAUUAAGUUUAUUCCCGGAACACAGAAACUACCAUUACGGGGCAGGGAAGCUCAAGAUAUAUCCAAGGAAUUCAUACGGCUCUCUCCCAGCUUUCUUUUGUCUCAUUCGAAAGACCAAAUCUCCGUCACACUGGAAGAGGGGUUCUUUGAGAAGACAAGGCCGUUUGACGCAUCCUUUCCCAAACCCAGUGUGCCCAGCUCUCCACCCAAGCUGGAGACGGAAGAUGUUGUUGCUGACUUAGUGGAACAGAUUUCAGAGCUCACGGGCAUUAUGGAGCAGUUGCGGCGAGACCAUGAAAAGAGUCACAAGCAGUUGGAGAACGAGAUGGAAGAAAAGUGCAGAGAUCUGCAAGAAGAACAUGAGAUCAAAGUCGGUCAGCUUGAGGCAGCUCAUAAAUUGGAAAUGAACGCUUUGGAAGACCAGCACAAGAAGGAGCUGAGGGCCGAGAGGGCGACCGCGCAAGAGAAGCUGAGUGGCAUGCAGAAGGAAUACAAGUAUCUGAAGAAUGCAUUCCGUGUGUACCAGGACAGCAUUUCUGAUGAAAUGGAAGAAAAGUGGCUGAGAAGGCAAGCGGAAUGGAAGAAAAGCGAGAGGACUGAGCGAGAGAAGGCCCUGUUACAGCAGAAGCAGGCCUUGACGAGGAAGUUUGAGAUGGAGCUAGAGGAGCAAAAGAAGAUGAUUCAGAAUAGCAGUUUUUUGAUAGACAGGGUCUUCCAACAGGAGAAAGAGGUAAUGUUUCAAAGGGAGAAAAACCCGAAAAGGCAGGGUAUAAAUGAAUUAAAUAAAUAUCUUUGUGCUUUGGAAGAAGAGCUGAAGGAGAAGAAUGAGACUUUAAAUGCAAUCGCUUCAUCCCUUCACAACACAGAGAUGGAGCUCCAGCAUGUGAAAGCGGCUUUGGCCGAGGCAGAGAAAAGCAUCCAGCAACGGAUUGUAGUCAUUGAAGACAAGCAUCGUAUUGCCAUGAACACUCUGGUAGAAGAAAGCGUCGCUCUGAGGCGCAAGCUUCUUGAGAAGAAUGAAGAGAUAUUAAGCAUACGGGCCCAAAGGAGUGUUUUAUUUUAG